GUAAUAACUUAUAAAUAAUAAAAAGUAUAUACGAACAAACAAACAAUUAGGAUAAAUUUGACAUACGAAAACUGUGAGAAUAAUAAAUGAGUAACAUCGAUAGCGUCGGUUUAGUUCAAUACAAUCAUUUCGUAAAUACUUUUUUUUUCUCUAAAAAUCAUUAUUAUUAUACAUUUGUACCAUUGGCAAGGAUAGAUUGUCUGAAAACCGGAAGUGUAUCUUUAUGAAGAUUUUCCAUGAAGAUAUACGAUACAAAAAUAACUCGAUCUUUAUCACCGUAAAUCGUAAUGUAGCCACGACGCUGCGGCUUGGUAUAUUAAUACAACAUGGCGACAUUCCGAUUGCUUUUUAGCAUAUCAGUUAACUUUUGUAUUUUUGCGUGAUAUUGAUUCAAUUCAAUGCUGUAUAAUAUAAGGAUCGAUUAAAGUUCGUCUUGACUCAACGGCAUAGAACAUCUGUAUAGUGAAUUCCGAUGUCCAAAAAUUUUAUCAUAACCGGUCGAUAUAUUCGUCAGGAACGGACGAAUGCGUAAUUAUCGAAUUUCUUUCACGAUUAACAUCAAUCAAACAAAACUCAUAAAAUAUGUCACGUUAUCGAGAGUGGGAGAUUUCCUGCAAAGUCUACAUCGGUAAUUUGGGCAGUAGUGCAAGCAAACAUGAAAUUGAAAGUGCAUUCAGUAAAUACGGUCCGCUUAGAAACGUUUGGGUUGCUAGAAAUCCACCUGGAUUUGCAUUUGUGGAGUUUGAAGAUCCACGAGAUGCCGAAGACGCUGUAAGAGGAUUAGAUGGAACACGUUGCUGUGGUACAAAAGUUAAAGUAGAGAUGUCCACUGGGAGAAGGCGACAUAGUGGUGGUGGUCGCAGGCCAGGUCCACGAUACUCCAGGUCCAGAUCUCGCAGUCCUCGUAGGAAAUCUCUGGGUCGUUAUCCAAGGUCUUGGUCAAGAAGUCCGCGAAGAUCACCCAUAAACAGAUAUUCCAGAUUCUACCAGCGUCAGCUCCUAGCUCUUCUCGUCUCCCCGCCACUACUACUACUACUACUACUAGUACUACUACUACUACUACUACUACUACUACUACUACUACUACUACUACUACUACUACUACUACUACUACUACUACUACUACUACUACUACUAGUAUUACUACUACUACUACUACUACUACUACUACUACUACUACUACUACUACUACUACUACUACUGCUACUGCUACUACUACUACUACUACUACUACUACUACUACUACUACUACUACUACUACUACAGCCACCGUGAAAAAAAAAAUUGUUUAGCAAUCGAAACUGAACAAAAAAAAAAAAAAAAUAUGCCUGCCUGCCCACUAACUUCCCAACCAGUCACCAUCAGUCACCACCAAGUCACCGGUAGGAGCCAGGUCGUCAGUCACUUGACAGUCCGAUGCUGUCCGUCAGUCCGUCACUCCGUCUGUUCCCCUUCAAAAAGACUUCUUCGGGCUACCUCAACCUCUAGCGGCUAGGAGCAUCGUGAAUCCAUCGAACAGCCGACGCGAUACGAAUACUUCUGUCAAAAUCUCGACGCGUCAGUCCGUCCGUCCGUCCCAACUUCUACUACUACUGCUACUACUACUACUACUACUACUACUACUACUACUACUACUCGUCCACCAUCACGUUAAACUUAGCCGACAACGCGACCGCCACUUCUCUUCGACCAAGCAAAGCAAAAUGAUCACCUACACACCAUCCUACCACCACCCAACCAAGUACCACCACCACCACCAACCACCACUACAUG